AUGAUGUGUGAGGUGAUGCCCACUAUCAGCGAGGACACCCUCAGCCAGAGGGGCUCACAGAGCAGCUCGGAGGACUCCAAUUUCGAGCAGCUGAUGGUCAACAUGCUGGACGAACGGGACCGGCUGCUCGACACCCUCCGGGAGACCCAGGAGAGCUUAGCGCUGGCACAAGGCAAACUCCAGGAUGUCAUCUACGACAGGGACUCUCUGCAGCGCCAGCUUAACUCUGCACUGCCCCAGGAUCUUGAGAGCAUGUAUGGAGGAAUUGGAGGAGGUAAAGGGGCAGAUCCGCCUGAGUUUGCUGCACUGACAAAGGAGUUAAAUACUUGCAGAGAACAACUGUUGGAAAAAGAAGAGGAGAUUUCUGAACUUAAAGCUGAGAGGAACAAUACAAGACUGUUGUUGGAACAUUUGGAAUGCCUUGUGUCAAGACACGAACGAUCACUGAGAAUGACAGUAGUGAAACGGCAAGCUCAGUCUCCUUCAGGGGUUUCCAGUGAAGUUGAGGUUUUGAAAGCAUUAAAGUCACUUUUUGAGCAUCAUAAGGCUUUAGAUGAGAAGGUGAGGGAACGUCUACGAAUUGCUCUGGAGAGGGUAUCCACACUGGAAGAGGAAUUGGCAGCUGCUAACCAGGAGAUAGCAAUACAGCAAGAGCAAAAAGCACAUGCCCAGAAAAAUGAAGAAUCAGCAGAAUCUGAACUUCCUGAGGGAGAAGAACAAGGUCAGAGAAUUCAUGGAAAGCCUCUUUCUAAUGGUUCUAUCGACCCUAAUGAUAAAAUUAUUCAAGUUAUGGAACUACAGGAAUUACUGGAAAAACAGAAUUAUGAGAUGACCCAAGUAAAGGAACGGCUAACAACCUUGUCUGGUCAGUUAGCUGAAGUGGAACAGGAUCUAGAAACAGCCAGAAAGGACCUGAUUAAGUCAGAAGAAAUGAGUACUAAAUACCAGAGGGAUAUCAGAGAGGUAAUUGCUCAGAAAGAAGACAUGGAAGAAAGGAUAACUACAUUGGAGAAGCGGUACCUUAAUGUGCAGAGAGAAUCAACCUCAUUACAUGACAUAAAUGACAAACUUGAAAAUGAGUUGGCAAAUAAGGAUGCAUUCUUACGCCAGCUAGAAGAAAAAAAUAGACAGUUACAGGAACGCCUGGAACAUGCUGAACAGAAGCUACAGCAAACAAUGAAGAGAGCAGAAACAUUACCAGAAGUAGAAGCUGAGCUUGCCCAGCGAAUUGCAGCCCUGACAAAGGCUGAAGAGAGACAUGGCAGCAUAGAAGAACGUUUGAGGCACUUAGAGACUCAGCUUGAAGAAAAGAAUCAAGAACUUCAGAGGGCCCGCCAAAGAGAGAAAAUGAAUGAAGAGCACAAUAAGAGGCUCUCUGACACAGUGGACAGAUUGCUAACAGAGUCUAACGAGCGACUUCAGCUGCAUUUAAAAGAGCGAAUGGCUGCGUUAGAGGAUAAGAACAUGUUGAUACAAGAAUCUGAACUACUAAGAAAACAACUAGAAGAGUCUCUUCAUGAUAAGGAACGAUUAGCAGAAGAAGUUGAAAAAUUUCACUCUGAGGUUCAACAAAUGAAAAUGCAAUCUGUUGCUUUGUUGGACCCAGCCAUGUCCAGGCCACGCUUGGAUACUUCACCUGAUAUGCGGUAUUCCAUGGGCUCAUUGAUAGAUAGCCAAUCUGACCAUUAUAGGUCUGCCAAAGUGCUAAGGAGAUCACAGAAAGGGUGUACAGUAGGCCACAGAGAAGAACCAAAGAUACAGACAAUUGGUGAUAAAGAGUGGAGCAGGACUCAACAUAUUGGUCUGUUGAGCAGCCAUCAAUUUGAGAGUGACACUGAAAUGUCUGACAUCGAUGAUGAUGACAGAGAAACCAUAUUUAGUUCCAUGGAUCUUCUUUCACCUAGUGGGCACUCUGAUGCUCAGACUCUUGCCAUGAUGCUACAAGAACAGCUUGAUGCCAUUAACAAUGAAAUAAGGUUAAUUCAGGAAGAAAAAGAGUCAACUGAACUUCGUGCUGAGGAAAUUGAGAAUCGAGUGGGUAGUGUUAGCCUUGAAGGUCUAAAUUUGGCCAGAAUGCAUCCAGCAAGAUCUAUUACAGGCUCUGUCACUGCUUCAUCAUUAGCUAGCUCCUCCCCUCCUAUCAGUGGACAUUCAACACCCAAAUUCAGAGCGCGUAGCCCUGCCAGGGACAUUGAUCGAAUGGGCAUCAUGACAUUGCCUAGUGAUCUAAGGAAGCAUCGGAGAAAGAUUGCAGCUGUUCAGGAAGAAGGUCGUGAAGAUAAAGCCACAAUAAAAUGUGAAACGUCACCUCCAUCAACACCAAGACCAGUAAGAAUGACACAUACCCUGCCCUCCUAUCACGAUGAUGUACGUAGUUUUUCAGCAUCAAUAGAAGCAGAAAUGGGCAACUACAGCAGCACAAGUAGCCAAGACUCACUCCAUAAAGCACAAAAGAAGAAAGGAAUCAAAUCUUCUAUAGGCCGUUUAUUUGGCAAAAGAGAGAAAGGGCGGCUAGCACACCUUGCAGGUAUUUUCGAUGUCGAGAUUGGUAAUCCAGAUUCCCUUGGACUGGGAAAACUAGGAACACAAGCAGAAAAAGAUAGAAGAUUGAAGAAAAAGCAUGAACUAUUAGAAGAAGCCCGGAGAAAAGGUUUGCCAUUUGCACAAUGGGAUGGACCAACAGUAGUCGCAUGGCUUGAGCUGUGGCUUGGAAUGCCUGCAUGGUAUGUUGCUGCUUGUCGUGCAAAUGUGAAGAGUGGUGCCAUCAUGUCUGCCCUGUCUGACACUGAGAUCCAAAGGGAAAUUGGAAUCAGCAAUCCACUUCAUCGAUUAAAACUCAGGCUGGCAAUCCAAGAGAUGGUGUCACUAACAAGCCCAUCAGCGCCCCCAACAUCUAGAACACCCUCAGGAAAUGUCUGGGUGACCCAUGAGGAAAUGGAAAACUUAACAUCUCCCGAGGACACCCAGGAGUCUGAAGAAGGCAGUUGGGCUCAGACAUUGGCUUAUGGUGACAUGAAUCACGAAUGGAUUGGUAAUGAAUGGCUUCCUAGUCUAGGAUUACCUCAGUACCGCAGCUACUUCAUGGAGUGCCUGGUAGAUGCAAGAAUGUUGGAUCACUUGACAAAGAAGGAUCUUCGUAUUCAUUUAAAAAUGGUGGAUAGCUUUCAUCGAACAAGUUUACAGUAUGGUAUUAUGUGCUUGAAGCGGUUGAACUAUGACCGAAAAGAACUGGAAAAGAGAAGAGAUUUAAGCCAACAUGAAAUUAAAGAUGCAAUAGUAUGGAGCAAUGAUCGUGUCAUCAGGUGGAUACUGUCCAUCGGCCUUCGAGACUAUGCAAACAACCUCAUGGAAAGUGGUGUCCAUGGAGCACUCCUAGCCUUGGAUGAAAACUUUGACUAUAGCAGUUUGGCUUUAAUACUUCAAAUUCCCACACAAAACACACAGGCAAGACAGGUCCUUGAAAGAGAGUAUAAUAACCUUCUUGCACUCGGAACAGAGAGGGCUCUUGAUGAUGAUGAUGAGAAAAAUUUUCAGCGAAGGCCUUCCUGGAGAAAACAAUUCCCUUCACGUGAAGUUCAUGGAAUCAGCAUGAUGCCAGGAUCUUCUGAAACACUUCCUGCAGGUUUCAGAUUAACAACUACAUCCACAAAAAGAUCCUCUGAUGUUGGCACAUCAGGAAUGCAAAGGAUUGAUAACUCCACCAUUCGGACUUACUCUUGCUGACAGCCAGAGAAAUUUAAGCAGCGCUAUUUUGAGCAUAUUCCUGAUGCCUGUAUGGAAACAAAUCCAAUGCCUUUGAAGACUGACAUGACCAGCAGCA